AUGAAGGCUCUCGAUCAGGUGCUUCCUUGCUUUGAUUGUGGAUCAGUGAAUAGAAAACCUGGGCCAGAUGAUGACGCAUUAGCUGCUUGUUUUAAGAAACAAGCAGAUCCUGAUAUGUUCGAGGAGGAAGUCAAAUCUGGUUCAGCUGCUAAGAGAAGGGUAGAGCCUGAUGACGCAUAUUUAGUUGCUUCCGUUGCUAAGAAACAAGCAACCUCUUAUGCAGAGACCAUUGGACAUAAUGUUGAGGAUGAAGAAGAGGUUGAUAUGGACCUUAUUGACAACGAAUCACCCUUUAUUGAGUUUCGGUAUAUUUCUACUUUUGGUAGGAAGAUUGGUGGAUUUUUGUUCAAAAACUGUGAGGCUGGGAAUGGGAAUUCUGAUGAGUUGAAUUGCAGGAAGGUGUUUGUGGAGGCUGUAUUUCGCCGAGAUGGUCGUCCUUUGGUUGCAUGCAUGAUCUGAGUGAAAAGUUGUUCACUUCCGUUUGGGUUUUUUAUGCAAUCAGAUCUGGUCUUGUGUAUAAUUUUAGACCAACCUAGGAACACUUGUGCUUGACUCAAUCUUUGUUGUCUCAAUCCGCUAUAUGGUUGUGAAACUUUAUUUUUGCAUGAAUCAUAAAUGGAUGUUGGAUGAUUAAAUGGGCUUUUGGUCUUGCCAACACACGAAGUUGCUUUAUUCAAGCUCUCUCUUAUUCGUUUCCUUUGUAAAAUUAUAAGGAACAUUUACGUUUGUGCC